GGAGGAAUUGGCGGUGGUGGUGGUGACGAUAAAGAGUUAUUUGAGGUGGGCGAAGGAGACACCCAAUUGCGAGACGGGGUUUCUGGAGGGGAUGAAUGCAGUUGUUUGAACGGCGGGGACACUGAAGAAUGGUUAAGAUUGAUAACGGUUGGUGCACGACGCGACGAACAACUGCUUUGGCUACACAGAUCGUCGCUUUCCUCCUGCAAAUAA